AUGGGAACUAAUUUUUGCCUUUCUCUCUUAAAGGUUUUCAAACCGUACCAGGCGUCCCAGCACGACAUGUGCCGAUUCCACUCGGAGGACUACAUCGACUUCCUGCAGAGAGUGAGCCCCAACAACAUGCAGGGCUUCACCAAGAGCCUCAACGCCUUCAACGUGGGCGAUGACUGCCCGGUGUUUCCAGGCCUCUUUGAAUUUUGCUCUCGCUAUACUGGGGCCUCCCUGCAGGGAGCCACACAGCUGAACAACAAGAUCUGUGAUAUUGCGAUAAACUGGGCCGGGGGCCUGCAUCACGCCAAAAAGUUUGAGGCUUCUGGGUUUUGUUACGUUAAUGACAUAGUUAUCGGCAUCCUGGAGCUGCUCAAGUAUCAUCCUCGUGUUCUGUAUAUUGAUAUUGAUAUCCAUCAUGGAGACGGAGUGCAGGAGGCUUUCUACUUGACAGACCGUGUCAUGACAGUGUCGUUUCAUAAAUAUGGGAACUAUUUCUUUCCUGGUACUGGUGACAUGUAUGAAGUCGGCGCAGAGAGUGGUCGUUACUACUGUCUCAACGUUCCUCUACGGGAUGGCAUUGAUGACCAAAGUUACAAACACCUCUUCCAGCCAGUCAUUAACCAGGUGGUAGAUUACUAUCAGCCCACCUGCAUAGUACUGCAGUGUGGUGCCGAUUCCCUGGGCUGUGACCGUUUGGGUUGUUUUAACCUCAGUAUAAGAGGACAUGGAGAGUGUGUGGAGUAUGUAAAGAGCUUCAACAUCCCUUUGCUGGUCCUGGGAGGAGGUGGUUACACAGUCCGCAAUGUAGCACGAUGCUGGACUUACGAAACAUCAUUGCUUGUAGAUGAAGCAAUUAGCGAAGAACUCCCAUAUAGUGAGUAUUUCGAAUACUUCGCUCCAGACUUCACCCUUCAUCCUGACGUCAGUACGAGGAUUGAAAAUCAGAACUCCAGACAAUACUUGGAUCAAAUCAGGCAGACGAUAUUUGAGAAUCUGAAAAUGCUGAACCAUGCUCCCAGCGUGCAGAUCCACGAUGUCCCUUCCGACCUGCUCAGCUAUGAUCGCACAGAUGAGCCCGAUCCGGAGGAAAGAGGUUCUGAGGAAAACUACAGCAGGCCUGAAGCUGCCAACGAGUUUUAUGACGGUGACCAUGAUAACGACAAAGAGAGUGACGUUGAGAUCUGA